UUGAAGUCAAACGUCAACUCAACGAACGUCGACGACUCGAUUUUUUUCAUGUUUACAUUUUAUUUCCGUAGUUUCACGAGUUUCUCUUUCGUGAUAGGUGGUUUUUGAGGGCAGUUCGAUAUUAUUUUAAACUUACGAUAAAAUAUAUCUGUGAUUAAAGUAAUCUAAUCUUAUAGAUUUAAUUAUAAUUCACUCGCAGUGAUAAAGUUUUUGAGUGUGUCGACCUAGUUCAUAUUAACAUAUUGAAGACAUACAUUUAGUGUGUAAUUAUUUUUGUGUUUUAGUUUUGUGGUGAUUUUUUUAUAAGUGAAUAAUGAACUUAUCGUUUGCGGGUUGUGGUUUCCUUGGUAUUUACCAUGUUGGUGUUGCAGUGUGUUUUAAGAAAUAUGCUCCUCAUCUGUUGUUAGGCAAAAUUUCUGGCGCCUCUUUUGGCGCACUAUCGGCCUGUUGCCUGCUGUGUGAUCUGCCUAUCGGUGAGAUCACGACAGAUGUGUUGAGGGUCGUUAGCGAGGCGAGGGCGGGCUCCCUCGGGCCUUUUAGCCCUUCCUUCAACAUACAAAAUGUCCUCCUCGAGGGCAUGCAGAAGUACCUGCCCCACGAUGUCCACAAGAUCGUCAGUGGCAAGCUUCACAUUUCCCUGACCAGGGUGUAUGACGGGAAGAAUGUUAUUGUCUCCGAGUUCCCUACGAGGGAAGAUUUGUUACAGGCGCUGUUGGCGUCAUGUUUCGUGCCAGUAUUCUCUGGGCUGCUGCCCCCACGUUUCCAUGGCAUCCGCUACAUGGACGGUGGCUUCAGCGACAACCUGCCAGUUUUAGAUGAAAACACAAUCACCGUCAGCCCGUUCUGUGGUGAGAGCGACAUUUGCCCCAGGGAUUUGAGCUCACAGCUGUUCCAUGUAAAUCUGGCAAACACAAGCAUAGAACUGUCAAAACAGAAUAUGAACAGAUUCGCGCGCAUUCUCUUCCCGCCAAAACCGGAGGUCCUUAGCAAUAUGUGCAAACAGGGUUUCGAUGACGCACUCAGAUUUUUGCAAAGGAAUAACAUGAUAUCUUGCACGAGGUGUCUGGCUGUGCAGUCUACUUUCCAACUACAAGACGUUUUAGAUGACACCACGUAUGAAUACGACCCCGAUUGUGAAGAAUGCAAGACUCAUAGACAGGACGCAUUAGUGGACGACCUACCAGACACAGUGAUGACAAUAUUCCAGAACGCGAUAGACUCAGCAAACAGUGGUAUUGUCAACUGGGUGAUGAGGCAAAGGGCCAUGAGGUACCUCACACUCCUCACGCUACCGUACAGAGUGCCCAUCGACAUUAUGUACGCUUCGUUUACCAAAUUCGUAACAUGUACUCCGAAAAUGAGCAAGUCACUUUGGAAGCUGAGCCUCAACAUGCUGCAACAGCUACAUGGCUUCAUGUAUGCUACACAUGAUCGGUCGGAGGCCGCCGCUAGGAUCUACUACAAACUGACUAUGGACAACAAGACGGACGCUACUGAUGGCAGACAGCUGGACAGGAGGCGUGCAAGCGAGUUCCGCAUCACAUACGGCGACAUGCGAUCAACGCACGAUGAUGUGGACACGUUCGAGCACAUUCUCAACGUGACGUCACAUAAUGAAGCACUGCUCGCUUACUAUUACCUCGACGGUGAAAAUAAGAUGAAAAUGACGGAGAUAUACGACGUGACUGACGCGGACACGGACGCGGUGCAGUCGCCCACUGAACGCGACGUCAACAAGCAGCUCGAGUUCGACAACGACUGGAGCGCUGAACUCAUCGCUGACAACGACGACUUGGACAUGGAAGCGAUGGACGACGAUGCUUUAGCCGACAGGAACAUAUUCUCUGAUCCGGAGAGCGAAUGGAACGUUCGGCGGUCGAUGUCGGCUUCCGACAGCGAUGGAGACCAACCGGAGUCGGAUCGGAGAGUAUUAGAACAUAUAGACUGCGAGAGACUAGCAAAAACGGUGAACAAACGAAGUGUGAUACUCACAAACUUCAUGCUCAGUAAUUUAGUGGAGGCGACGGCACAACUACUUUCUAAUACCACACUGUUGACGACCUUACUAUUAGAAGGACUACCGCUGAGGAUACCAUAUUUAAAUCCUUUGUGUGAGGCCCUACUAACGAAUAGUUCUUUACAACAUCUACACUUACAACGAUGUCUUAUCGGGGAUGCUGGCUGCUUGGCUGUCUGCAAGUCUAUCAGGUGUCUACCAAACAUUCUGACACUGGAUCUGUCAGGAUGCGAUUUGACGCCUUUGGGGGCUGGAUAUAUCGCGGAACUAGUUAAGUAUCAAAAGAUCCACAGAUACAGUGAGAACUGGACACACACACUUCGGUAUCGACUGCCUGAACUAGACGCGAUGGCAGGAUUACGGAGAAUCACAUUGUGUGCCAACCCUCAGUUAGGAGACGUUGGGGUUUGCAAGUUACUUGACGUCCUUGCGGAUGAUUUGUGGAUCAAAGCAUUGGACGUUCAAAAUUGCGGUAUAACGGAGAACACGUCGGCCGCAAUCCAACAGAUGAUGACGUCAAACAAGACUCUAGUAGUGUUAGAUAUAAGGAACAAUCCAGACGUGACCAGUGAAUCGCUGUCCAAAGUACGCUCGGUGCUCAGGGAUAACGAAAGGGGGAUGGAAGGGAAGUUCUCAUGGCUCGCUAGCAGUGGAUCUUCUAGUGAAAAGUUCAUGAAAUCCGUGACAUCGAAAAAUGGAGUAUCCCGAGAUCGUGCACCGGGAUCGAACGUGAGAUCUACGAACGUUAAGUAUGCAACGAAGACAAACUUAACGAAAAAAGACAAAGAUUACGCAGAAGUAUUAGAAGAGCAGCUACAAGAAGAAAUUUCUCACCGGCAACAGCUUGAAGAGCUGAAUUUACAAUUAGUAGACCAAAUGAAGCAGCUCAAACAACAGCAAAUACGACUGUGGGCCAACUGUGCGGCGUCGUCAGGUUCAGAACAUUCAUUCGAAGCAAGUGCGAGAUCAGGAGACUUAUCAAGCAGCUCAGGCUCGUCUAGUUCUGUGCCUAUAGACCAGACGACACUCUCUUAUAUACAGCAGGCAUUCAAGGAUAUAUACGCGUUCAUAAAGAAUAAUCAGUGCUACGGACAAUGUCUUCACGAAACGUCGAAACAGAAUACACCAGAAGAACAGCCAACAGAGGAAAUCACGGAAGUGGAAGAGGCACAGUAUAGCGAUAGACACGUAAACAUGAUUCCAAAGAGAGCGCAAAGCUCGCACCAGAAGAUAGCCAACGACAAAAUGAAGGUCAACAAGAUGACAAAGUCCGCGCAUCUAUUGGGUGACUCGCAGCGAAGGGACGCCGUUGAAAUGAAACCAGAAAUGAUUGAAAGGCAAAUAGGCGACACGAGGAACGCGCACUGCGAGGAAUCAAAUACGUUGGAGGACAUGAUUUCGGUGCAAACGAAGCCUAAUAAAAAACACAUAUACGGGCAGAGUAGCCCCUGUAGUAGUGUGGCAAGCGAUUCGGACACGCUGAUUUGUUCGCCACAGAUAACACAACGCUCCGUACAUCAGGCGACCGUCAUCAAUCCGCGGGAGGCACUCUAUUCGUCCUCGUCCGAGGACAGCUCGUGACGUUUUUUAUGUUUAUUUAUGAGUUUAUGAAUAUCAUGUUUUAUGUACGAUUAAAAAAUUGUUUGUUAUAAA